AUGCUUCUAACUGAAUUUCAACUGAUUAUUCUGUUUUUAAGUGGUAAAAGGUUUCCUCCAUUCUGUGACAAAGUUCAGGAAGCAACAUGUCGCGAUGCAUUCUCGUAUGGAGCAUGUAGUAUUUUAAGAUAUUAUACUGAAGUUCCUAAAGAGGAUCGGUUCUUCAGAGUCGCGCCAUUCGAUACUCAGUAUGAUCCCAAAUAUUUUGGAGGAGAAGAUCCAUUUAAAGACUAUUGUCCAACACUAGUU